GCCCAAGAGGCGCCCGGGCCGCUCCCCGGGCGCCCCCCCGUGGCCCCCCGCGCGUGCGCGCGGUGCGAUGGGCUGCGCGGAGAGCCGAGAAUUCGACAAGCUCGACAGCUGCAACCGGUUCGACUGCGUCUUGCGGCACCGCAGCAAGGAGCUGGACAACAACGUCGGCACACCGCGUGGGAUCACGAGCCUGCCGCCGGUGCCGUCCAGGGACGCCGUGGCGAGCGGCGAGCGGCGCGCCGUGCUCGCGGCGGUGGCGCGGUUGCGCCACCCGGACGAGCAGGUGCGCUUGGAGUCGAUGGAGUUGCUGGCUCUGAUAGCAGG